UUUGCGCGUUCUUGCCGAGCGCGGGGAGGACAGAAGCGGGUAGUAGCGCACUCGUGCCGCCGUCACAUCCACAUUCAGCCGGAGAAUCCACAUUUCUACAAAAAUGUCAGAAGAGAAGCCAAAGGAGGGAGUCAAGACUGAAAAUGACCACAUCAACCUGAAAGUAGCGGGUCAGGAUGGGUCUGUGGUACAGUUUAAAAUCAAGAGGCACACUCCUCUCAGCAAACUGAUGAAGGCCUACUGCGAGAGACAGGGUUUAUCCAUAAGGCAAAUCAGGUUCCGGUUUGAUGGUCAGCCUAUCAAUGAGACGGACACACCUGCACAGCUGGAGAUGGAAGAUGAAGACACUAUCGAUGUAUUCCAGCAACAGACUGGUGGAUCCUGCUAAAACAUCAAGCACCAUGUGGAUGAAGUUUCUUCAUUUGUGCUCCUCUUCACUUCCACUGCAGUUCAGGGCCCGAAUGGAAGAGGCUUUGGAAAUCUAAUGUAUAAGUUAAACUAUUUCCCCCUUUUUUUUUCUUUUUUUUUAAUCCAAAGACCUCAUUUCCAUUUUUCAGUGUUCUCCCUGAGCUGAUUUGGAAAUGACAGUUUUUGUUUUUCUCCCCCUCCUCUACCCUUUUGGAGUUUAUUGUAUGCUUGUUAUAUACAUUUUUGUAUUCUGUACGUAUGUUUGCACCUCCCCCAUCUAUUUUUAUAUACAAGGAGGGAUGUUUUGUGAAAGGAUGUUUGUGACUUCUUAAUAUGGUCUCAGAUUUUGUUUAAUUGCGGUAAACGGCUAAACUUCAAGACGCCCUUUUUAUGGACUGUUUCUCAUGUCGGCAUUGCAAUGUUGUGUUUCUCUUACAACUCAGGUUUGAUGAAGCUAGAUCGUGGAUUGUUUUUCAGUAGACAUUUUUAAUUUUAAAAAGCUUUGAUGCAUUUGUCUUUAAAAGUUGGCUAUUUGCUUCAGUAUGCGUUUCAUGAUGUACAAAUGAAGUUGGCCUUGAUUUUAUUGUCCUAUAAUUUGCCCUCCACAAAUAUGUCAUAUUGUAAAUGCCACUCAUUUAGGCUCAUUGGCACAUCAAGUGUAUGAAUAGCUGAUCUGCUGUGAAUGCAGCUCAACUCAUGCCAGAUUGGUGUGAGGAUUCAUUGUAAUAGGAAUGGCAGGGGUGUUUUUGGAGAGCAGAGGAUCCUGUGUUGGCCAAUUACUACUGUAUAUAAUAAAUCUAGUUUGAUACUGA